AUGGGAGUAUCAUGUUCACCAAACCCAACACAGUUAGAUCACAAUGAGAAGAAACCUUCUCCGGCGGCGAGGCCACAGCCACCGGAGCUAGCCCUGAGAUGUCCACGUUGCGACUCGACAAACACAAAGUUUUGUUACUACAACAACUACAGCCUCUCUCAGCCUCGGUACUUCUGCAAAUCAUGCCGGAGAUAUUGGACUAAAGGAGGAACCCUAAGGAACAUCCCCGUAGGUGGAGGUUGCCGGAAAAACAAGCGGUCCACAUCUUCGGCGACAAGAAGCCUGAGAACCACCCCGGAACCAGCGUCCCACGAUGGAAAAGCGUUCUCGGCGGCGAGUUUUAAUGGGUAUAAUAACAAUGAACAGAUUGAUAUCAGUUUAGCCUUUGCCUUGCUGAACAAGCAACCUCCGGGGAGUUCUUCACAUCUAGGGUUUCCUUCAGAAUUCCGUAGCUCUCAUGAUCAUUCUGACAUGGAGGGUGUGUUUGGGACAAGCCAACAAAAGGGGAACGCUGGAUAUGCGUUUGGAAACGGGAGCAGUGGUCUUGAUAUCGCAAUGGGUACUGAUCCAAACAAGGUCUUAUGGGGGUUUCCAUGGCAGGUGAAUGGAGAGAGCUUUGGGAUGAUGAACAUAGGAGGAGGAAACGGUCAUGUAGAUCAGAUUGAUUCAGGGAGAGAGAUUUGGACCAAUAUGAACUAUAUUAAUUCUGGUGCUUUAAUGUAG